AACCUAGCGAGGUCGUGCUACCUUUUAGUUGUCUGACUAGUUAAUUGAGUUGGAGUUUAUUGUAUUUAAUCAGGAACUAACUCACGUGUUUGUGAGGUGUAUUUAAGCUCUUAUUUGUGAACCCCAUUCUGUCGAGAUGGCAAAGCGCUAGCCAGUGACAACAAGGAAAGCUCUUAUUGAUUAGCAUGCCAAGGUUAGCUACAACGCUCUUGGAUGAUUUAACGUCGCUUAACGUAACCUACGUGACUGCCCUGCGGUGGCUAAUUCUGUUUUGAUAAGUGAAUGGUAGUGUCUAGAAAGGGUAUGUCCCUUCAGGAGAGAGGUGCCAAUGUCCAACCGGCCUAAUUCCAAUCCAGGGGGGUCACUGCGCCGUUCACAGAGGAACACUGCUGCGGCCCAGCCACAAGACCACACAGCAGCUGGAAGGUUGCAGUCAGAGCAGGUAAAACAUAAACCAAAUUCCCCACCUGAAAGUAGAAGACCUAAUUCUAAGGCUCCCAAAGCCACUGCCAGCUCAGCCACUGGCCAGUCCAGAGGGCACAGCUCAAGAAGAAGCGGUCUUAACCUAUCAGUGGCUUCAUUAGUUCUGCAAGACGACUCGCAGGCUGCGGGAACAUCCGAACAGGAACGACCAGGCCACCAGUCAAAGAGUGAGGGCACCAGAGGGCUUAAACGAAGUGACGCUCCUGACCAAAUCAGCGUCCUUGGGCCCACCCCUUCCAAGAAGCCCAAAUCGGUCCCACCACCCAAAAGUAAUACCUCAGAGACCAAGAAAGGCCCAGCUAAGUCCAAGAAGAGACAGGCUUCUUCAGAGGCACCUGCAUCGACAGGUCGAAAUCAGAGCAAGAAGAGUGCGGCCAGCUCGGCCUCUCCAGUCCAGAAACGGAAAAAAUCAGACUCUUUCCCAGGUCUAAGUAGUACCGCUGGGUCUCUACCCAAUUGUACCGAAGGCAGAACUGCAAAACCAACCAAGCUGGCGUCUAAAUCGGCCGCCUCAGCCAAAGCUGGGUGUAGCAACGUGACAGACUCAUCCUCCUCUGCCUCCUCCUCUUCUUCUUCCUCUACCACAGGCACCAACAGUGCUGCUACACAGGGCGCUCGUUUAAAACAGGGAAAAGAUCAGACAAAAGCUCGUCGUUCCAGAUCAGCAUCUAGUCCCUCUCCGCGUCGCAGUACACGAGACAAGGAGCAGGCCAAAACUGCCAGCUCUUCCAAGUUUGACUGGGCAACACGCUUCAACCCCAAAGUAAACCUGCCAAAACCCAAACUUUCCUUACCUGGAACUUCCAAAACUGAAACCUCCAAACCUGGGCCAUCUGGACUACAAGCUAAACUAGCAAGUUUGAGGAAAUCCACAAAGAAGCGCAGCGAGUCUCCUCCAGCAGAGCUCCCCAGUUUUCGGCGGAGCACACGCCAGAAGACCACGGGCUCCUGUGCCAGCACCAGUCGGCGGGGCUCAGGCCUGGGCAAGCGCGGGGCAGCCGACGCUCGCCGACAGGAGAAAAUGGCUGACUCCGACAACAACCAAGAUGGGGCCAAUUCAUCAGCUGCUCGCACUGAUGAGGCGUCACAAGGAGCUUCAGCUUCAAGCUCAGUUGCCGGAGCAGUGGGCAUGACCACUUCUGGAGAGAGUGAGUCUGAUGAUUCAGAAAUGGGAAGGCUUCAAGCGCUUCUGGAAGCCAGAGGUCUCCCACCACAUCUUUUUGGACCCCUGGGGCCCCGCAUGUCGCAGCUGUUUCACAGGACCAUAGGCAGUGGAGCCAGUUCCAAGGCCCAGCAGCUGCUGCAGGGCCUUCAGGCCACAGGGGACGAGUCUCAACAGCUCCAAGCUGCCAUUGAGAUGUGCCAGCUGCUGGUGAUGGGCAAUGAGGAAACUCUUGGUGGAUUUCCUGUCAAGAGUGUGGUGCCUGCUUUGAUUACACUGUUACAGAUGGAGCAUAAUUUUGAAAUUAUGAAUCACGCGUCGCGUGCGCUCACUUACAUGAUGGAGGCACUUCCUCGUUCUUCUGCUGUCGUGGUUGACGCUAUUCCUGUCUUCCUGGAGAAACUUCAGGUGAUCCAGUUCAUAGACGUAGCAGAACAAGCCCUCACAGCCUUGGAAAUGUUGUCAAGGCGACACAGCAAAGCAAUUUUACAGGCUAGAGGCCUGGCUCACUGCCUCCUUUACCUGGAGUUCUUCAGCAUCAAUGCCCAGAGGAAUGCGUUGGCCAUAGCAGCCAACUGCUGCCAGAGCAUUACACCAGACGAGUUUCACUUUGUUGAUGAUUCACUCUCACUGUUGACUCAGAGACUUACACAUCAGGAUAAGAAGUCCGUUGAAAGCACUUGUCUCUGUUUUGCCAGACUAGUGGACAACUUUCAACACGAAGAGAACCUGCUGCAGCAGGUGGCAUCAAGGGACCUGUUGACCAACAUCCAGCAGUUGCUAGUUGUGACGCCUCCCGUUCUCAGCUCGGGGAUGUUUAUUAUGGUUGUGCGCAUGCUCUCCCUGAUGUGCUCCAACUGCCCAAGUCUGGCAGUCCAGCUUAUGAAACAAAACAUAGCAGAAACUCUGCGUUUCCUCUUGUGCGGUGCAUCAAAUGGAAGCUGCCAGGAACAAAUUGAGCUCGUACCGCGAAGCCCCCAGGAACUCUAUGAACUGACCUCCCUCAUUUGUGAAUUGAUGCCCUGCCUCCCCAGAGAGGGCAUAUUUGCAGUUGAUGCUAUGCUGAAGAAAGGCAGUGCUCAAACAACAGAAGGUGCAAUCUGGCAGUGGAGGGAUGACCGGGGCUUGUGGCAUCCUUACAACCGCAUCGACAGCCGCAUCAUUGAGACGGCCCACCAGAACGGAGAAGAUGAGAUCAGCUUGUCAACGCUGGGCCGUGUAUACACAAUUGACUUCAACUCUAUGCAGCAGAUAAAUGAAGACACAGGAACAGCACGUGGUAUCCAGAGGAAGCCUAAUCCUCUUGCCAAUCCUAACACAGGGAGUCACCAAGAGGUUCGUCGGGAAGAUGCAAGAGCCCAGCUGAUGAAGGAGGACCCUGAGCUGGCGAAGUGCUUUAUUAAAACACUGUUUGGGGUCUUGUAUGAGGUCUACAGCUCAUCAGCUGGCCCUGCUGUCCGACACAAGUGCCUUAGAGCCAUCCUCAGGAUCAUCUACUUCGCUGACGCCGAGCUGCUGAAGGAUGUGCUGAGGAACCAUGCUGUGUCCAGUCACAUUGCCUCCAUGCUGUCCAGCCAGGACCUGAAGAUUGUGGUUGGAUCUCUGCAGAUGGCAGAGAUCCUCAUGCAGAAGCUGCCUGAUAUCUUCAGUGUCUAUUUUAGAAGAGAAGGUGUAAUGCAUCAAGUAAAGAACCUUGCAGAGUCUGAGAGCUUUCUUGUCACUAGUCCCCCAAAGGCCUGCUCCAGUGGUACUGCCAGCCUCUGUACCACAACAAUCACCAGUGUAUCCACGACAUCGGCUAACAUUGCAACUCCUGACCUGGGCUCCCCCAGUUUUCAGCAUAGCAUGGACGACUCGCUGGACCUCAGUCCCCAGGGGCGGUUAAGUGAUGUCCUAAAGAGAAAACGCCUUCCAAAAAGAGGACCCAGAAGGCCUAAGUACUCUCCGCCAAGAGACGAUGAUAAAGUAGACAAUCAGGUCUUCUUUGCAGCCAAGAGCCCCACCAGUACUCAGUCACCCAAGUCGUCGUUCUUGGCCAGCCUAAACCCCAAGACCUGGGGGAAGCUGGGAGCUCAAACUAACAAUGCCAACUCCGAGCCAUCACGCACAGCUGGAGUGAGUGGUCUGGCAAGAGCGCCUCCCAAAGACUCUAUUUCAAAUAACAGAGAUAAAAUUAAGGCCUGGAUUAAAGAGCAGGCAAGUAAGUUUGUGGAGCGCUACUUCAACUCUGAGAAUGUGGACGGCAGCAACCCCGCUCUGAAUGUUCUCCAGAGACUUUGCACAGCCACCGAGCAGCUGAACCUGCAGGUGGAUGGUGGGUUGGAGUGCCUGGUGGAAAUCUCCAACAUCGUGUCAGAAUCUGACGUGUCAUCGUUUGAGAUCCAGCACAGCGGUCUGGUGAAGCAGCUUCUGAUCUACCUUACCUCCAACGCGGACAGAGACCUGCUCAGUCGUGACGUGCGGCUCAAGAGGUUCCUUAACAUCUUCGCUGGUUGUCCGCUGCCAGGCGUUGAUCCUAUAGGUCGUCUGGAUCCCACAAAUAAUUCGGCGUACCUGGCACUCGUGCACAAGAUGAACAGCUGUCUGAGCCAAAUGGAGCAGUUCCCAGUCAAGGUGCACGACUUUCCCAGUGGCAAUGGGAACGGCAGCAGGGGAUCUCAGGCACUGAAGUUCUUCAACACACAUCAGCUCAAGUGUCAGCUGCAAAGGCACCCAGACUGCACUAAUGUUAAACAGUGGAAAGGCGGCCCUGUUAAGAUUGACCCGCUGGCCCUCGUGCAAGCGAUCGAGAGAUAUCUUGUGGUCAGAGGUUAUGGUAGAAUCAGGGAAGAAGAUGAGGACAGCGACGAUGACGGUUCAGAUGAUGAAAUAGAUGAAUCAUUGGCGGCACAGUUCCUAAAUUCUGGCAGCGUGCGUCACAGACUACAGUUCUACAUUGGUGACCACCUGCUGCCAUACAACAUGACGGUGUACCAGGCAGUUCGACAAUACAGUCUUCAGGCAGAAGAAGAGCGGGAGUCGACAGAUGACGAAGCAAAUCCACUGGGGAGAGCUGGAAUCUGGACCAAAACGCACACAAUAUGGUAUAAGCCUGUGAGAGAAGACGAGGAAGGCAGUAAGGACUCGGUGGGUGGAAAGCGAGGCAGAGCCCAGACUGCUCCCACUAAAACCUCACCGCGCAACGCCAAGAAACAGGAUGAGCUGUGGCAUGGCAUCCAAAGCGAAAGCAAUACAGAGCUAUGUGGCAACACUUGGUCGGAUGGCGUGUGUCCCAGCGUCGCCAAUCCUUUGGAAACAUACCUCGCUACAGAGCCACCAGAGACCAUAACCUUUGACGACCCCUCUUUAGAGGUCACCCUGCUGCUGAGGAUCCUUCACUCCAUCAGUCGAUUCUGGUUCUAUUUGUAUGACAAUGCUGCGUGCAAGGAAAUUAUUCCAACCUCUGAGUUCAUUAAUAGUAAACUGACUGCCAAAGCCAAUCGUCAGCUACAAGAUCCACUGGUCAUCAUGACAGGGAACAUCCCCACCUGGCUUAUCGAGCUGGGAAAGACCUGCCCCUUCUUCUUCCCCUUCGACACUCGGCAGAUGUUGUUUUAUGUAACCGCCUUCGAUCGAGACAGAGCCAUGCAGCGCCUGCUGGACACAAACCCCGAGAUCAACCAAUCAGAUUCUCAGGACAGCAGAGUCGCACCACGUCUGGAUAGGAAAAAGAGAACUAUAAACCGUGAGGAUCUAUUAAAACAGGCAGAGUCUGUGAUGCAGGACCUUGGCAGCUCCAGGGCAAUGCUGGAGAUUCAGUAUGAGAAUGAGGUGGGCACGGGUCUCGGUCCCACGCAGGAGUUCUACGCUCUGGUGUCUCAGGAGCUUCAGAGAGCGGAUCUUGGUCUUUGGAGAGGCGAAGAGAUUACUCUGGCCAAUCCUAAAGGAAACCAAGAGGGCACUAAGUACAUGUUCAACUCCAGAGGAUUGUUUGCUGUUCCCUUUGGCAGAACAACAAAACCAGCACACAUAGCCAAAAUUAAAAUGAAGUUCCGUUUCUUAGGGAAGUUGAUGGCCAAAGCAAUUAUGGACUUUAGACUGCUGGAUCUGCCGUUGGGGCUUCCGUUUUAUAAGUGGAUGCUGCGACACGAGACGUCUAUAAGCUCUCACGACUUGAUGAACAUUGAUCCAAGUGUGGCCAAGUCCAUCCAGCACCUGGAGGAUAUCAUUCGUCAGAAGAAGAGGUUGGAACAGGACCGAUCACAGACCAGAGAAACCCUCCAGCAGGCCCUAGAGAGCCUGAACAUGAACGGCUGCUCGGUGGAGGACCUGGGCUUGGACUUCACUCUGCCUGGCUUCCCAAACAUUGAACUGAAAAAGGGCGGAAAAGACGUGCCAGUCACAAUCUACAACCUCGAGGAGUACCUCAGGUUGGUGGUGUACUGGACCUUAAAUGAAGGAGUAUCAAGACAGUUUGACUCAUUCAGGGAAGGGUUUGAGUCAGUCUUCCCUUUGCAUCACCUGCAGUAUUUCUACCCUGAAGAGCUGGACCAGUUGCUGUGUGGAAGUAAAUCAGAGACAUGGGAUGUGAAGACGCUGAUGGAGUGCUGUCGACCGGACCACGGCUACACGCAUGACAGCCGGGCCAUCCGGUUCCUUUUCGAGGUGUUGAGCAGCUUCGAUGCCGAGCAGCAGCGGCUCUUUCUCCAGUUUGUUACUGGAAGCCCGAGGCUGCCUGUCGGAGGUUUCCGGAGCCUCAACCCCCCUCUGACAAUUGUGAGGAAGACAUUCGAGUCAACGGAGAAUCCCGACGACUUCCUGCCCUCGGUCAUGACCUGCGUCAACUACCUGAAGCUGCCUGACUACUCCAGCAUAGAGAUCAUGCGAGAAAAACUUUUGAUUGCUGCUCGCGAGGGCCAGCAGUCGUUCCACCUUUCCUGAUCUCACCACCUCUCAAAUACAAAUGCCUUCUUCAGCAACUGAUAAAAUCAUUACUUCCUUAAGUUUUGUUUUGUAAUCUCACACACUGAGGCUAUGGGGAUGGCCUUGUUGUUGGAGAAAGCAGCUUGCAGAAAAAGUUAAGACUUUAAAUAUAUAUUUGCUGCCCCUUGUCUCUCCGAAAAAAGGAAAAAAUUAUUAAAACAAAAAUGUGGAAGUGUUUCCACGACUCAGAACAUAAGAUAUAAAAAGAGAGAAUAAAACCUAUAUCAGUAGUGUUAAAAAAAAUGAAAACAUCUGGGUGACAUUCUAAAUUGCAUUGCUAUGUGAUAUUUAAAAAAAAAAAAAGAAAAAAAAAGGGAUGUCUCCUCUCCAGCGUGGCGGACAGCUUACUGGGUGUUUGGGGAAGAAGGGGAGGGCGAUUUCAUUGAGCAGGCUAGGUUUACUUUAGCUCCAAAGAUCAUUUGUACAGACAAAUUUGCAGACUUUGCUCAUUCUACACAUUUGAUAGAAUAGUUCUUUGUUUUCAUGUCUCCCCCUCAGUUCAUAUGUUGGCAUUUUGUUCUGUAUUAUAUCGGCCCCCAGUCUGUGUGUUGCAUUUUGGUUCGGCUUCCUCCCCCUCUGUGUGUCUUUGCUUCCAGUGUUGAAAACGAGAGUUGCCGUUGGUUGAAUGCAGGUAGUGAUAAGAUCAUAUUAUCCUUUUAAUUUUUUUUCUCCCCCCCCCAAACACCAUCUACCCAAGUUGGGACUGUGUUCUGGCCUCCUUUUUAUUAUAGAGAGCUUCAGCUUAAAUGAAGAGUUGUAACCUAUGUGUUGACCAGGUAAAUUUGUUUUGCUCUUAUUUUGAUAGAGUUAGUGUCUUUCUGUUUGGCCCUACAGGACGUGUAGGGUGAUGUUGGUAGACCAAGCUCUGAGCAACCUUCAACACAUAAAAUGUAGCUGGGCACAAAAAUAAUUGGCUGGUCUCAUUUUAUCGUUUCUUGGCCAGAUAGCAUUUCAAGUUCAUUUAUGGAAUAAAGUAUAUAUGCAGUUUCACACCAUGUUUGAGGUGGGAAUGUCUGCUUUACCUUUUUUUUUUUUUUUAAUUUUCUAUAUUGUCUUUUUUUUUUUUCUUGCUGUAGUUGAUUAUAUAUUUUUUUUUUUCUUUGCACUGCUGGCUUGGAACAAACCGUGGUGUGCACUUGCAGUCUGUGGCCAGGGGAGGGCGCCACUGUAUGCUCUCCUGGCCCAAUCGUUCAUGUGCUGGUUUCUAAGAUCUGCAAUAAUUUACUUGCAUCAGGUUCAUGUUUUUACCUGAACAUAAAUAAAGUAACUGUUUGACUCAUUG